GAGCUUCUGUGUGUUGUGUUUAGAUCUACUCCUGACUCUGAGCAGAGUUCUUGCUUCAACAGUGCUUGAACGGAACCCUCUCUGAGUCUUUUGCUCUUUUUCUAAACAUCUUCUACUAAUUGCUGACUUUCUGUGACUUCUUUGCGCCACCCAAAACAACUGAAACGCUGAAAUGGAGUCCCAGGUGCGCCAGAACUACCACCGCGAUUGCGAGGCUGCCAUCAACCGUAUGGUGAACUUGGAGCUGUACGCCUCCUACACCUACAGCUCUAUAUCUUUCUUUUUUGAUCGUGACGAUGUCGCACUUCACCAUGUGGCAGAGUUCUUCAAGAAACAUAGCCACGAGGAGAGGGAGCAUGCCGAGAAGUUCAUGAAAUAUCAAAACAAGCGUGGGGGUCGCAUUGUCCUGCAAGACAUCAAGAAACCAGAGCGUGAUGAGUGGGGUAACACCCUGGAUGCCAUGCAGGCUGCUUUGCAGCUGGAGAAGACUGUGAACCAGGCUCUUCUGGACCUGCACAAGCUAGCCACUGACAAAGUUGACCCUCAUCUGUGUGACUUCUUGGAAUCUCAAUAUCUGGAGGAACAAGUGAAGGAUAUUAAGCGUUUUGGAGAUUACAUCACCAACCUGAAGCGCCUUGGGGUGCCCCAGAAUGGCAUGGGCGAGUACCUGUUUGACAAGCAUAGCCUGGAAGAGAGCAGCUAAGCUGUGUGCCACCCAUGAGGAUCCAACCACUCUACUUUCCAUCUAUAUUCCUUUUACUAUCUGUGUGACAUGUAUUCCUGAGGGUCUUACAUUUUCUGUGAUCCUAUAAUAAUAUAGCUGUAGCUGUGCUUGUCAGCAAGUUUCUAAUAAAGUCUUUCAGCAUGUA